AUGGCGCAGAAAUUCGUCCCACGUUCAGCCGACAGAUGCGAAAAAUCAGUGACAAAAUUUAUAUCGAUGUUGGGAUCGGUUGAGAAGCUGCUCAUCGUCUCGGGAGCUGGGAUUUCGACAGAAUCUGGAAUACAGGACUAUCGAUCGAAAGAUGUCGGGUUGUACACCACCACAACACACAAACCAAUCUACUACCAAGACUUCAUGAAGUCAAAAAGUUGCAGACAAAGAUAUUGGUCACAUAGCUUCCUCAAAUGGCCGAGACUAUAUCACGCCGCCCCCAACAUCAAUCACCACUUGCUAGCCGAGUGGGAGACCUCUGACCGUUUUCUCUGGCUUAUUACUCAAAAUGUUGAUGGACUUCAUGUCAAAGCCGGCUCAAAAAAGGUAACCGAACUACAUGGAAACGCUCGUUAUGUGAAAUGCACCGACUGUGACUACACCGAAUCUAGGCAAACAUUCCAAGAAAAGCUAGACAGAGUCAACCCGGGAUUCGCCGACCAGUUUGUGAUUCCUGGCUACAUUCCGACUGAUGGGAAUAUCCAUUUACCCUUGGAAACUGAAAAAAAUUUCAACAUCCCUGGGUGUCCAUGUUGCGGAGGCAUAAUGUUAACAGCAGUCACGUUGUUCGGUGAUAAGAUUCCAAACUAUAAAUUGGAACAUAGUCAGCAAAAAGUGAAAGAAUGCGACGGAAUCCUGACUCUCGGCACGUCACUUGAAGUGUACUCCGGAUACCAAUAUGUACUACAGGCAAACCAACAAAAGAAACCAAUUUUCAUCGUGAAUAUUGGAUCAACCCGUGCUGAUGGGAUAGCUACGAUGAAAUUGGACUAUAAAAUAUCGGAUGUUCUCAGGGAAAUGUGA